UUGAAACUAACUUCUCAAGUUGUCAGAGAAGGUUAAGGACAAACGUUAUUAGCAAUGGCUACAGAGAGUGCUGCGUCCGUGGUUGUGGGACUAAACAAGCAGAACGGGCAGCUAAUUGGGCAGACCAAGCCAGCUGCCCCUCAGUCAGGACCCUUACCACUGGCCUCUCUGCCAGGGAAGACCCCAGGUGCUCCUCUGAAAGCCGGCAGUGACCCACAGGAGAGCAGUGGCAUCAGGUUUGGCGAUAACUGGAAGAAGAACCUGCAGCUGCCCCCUAAAGAUACGAGAAUCAAAACCUCGGAUGUGACCGCAACGAAGGGGAACGAGUUUGAGGAUUACUGUCUCAAAAGAGAGCUGCUGAUGGGCAUCUUUGAGAUGGGCUGGGAGAAGCCGUCUCCCAUCCAGGAGGAGAGCAUCCCCAUUGCUCUGUCAGGCCGGGACAUUUUGGCUCGGGCCAAAAACGGCACCGGGAAAAGUGGGGCCUACCUUAUCCCCCUGCUGGAGAGGAUAGACCUGAAGAAGGAUUACAUUCAGGCUCUGGUGUUGGUUCCCACUCGAGAGCUGGCACUGCAGGUCAGCCAGAUCAGCAUCCAGGUCAGCAAGCACCUGGGUGGGGUCAAGGUGAUGGCCACCACUGGAGGAACCAACCUGAGAGAUGACAUCAUGCGACUGGAUGAGACAGUACAUGUGAUAAUAGCCACUCCGGGCAGGAUCCUGGAUCUAAUAAAGAAGGGUGUGGCCAAAGUGGACAGAGUCCAGAUGAUGGUGAUGGAUGAGGCAGAUAAACUGCUGUCCCAGGACUUUGUGGUCCUGAUUGAGGACAUCAUCAGCUUCCUGCCCAAGAACCGUCAGAUCCUGCUGUACUCUGCCACCUUCCCCAUCACUGUGCAGAAGUUCAUGAACAAACACCUUCAGAAGCCCUAUGAGAUAAACCUGAUGGAGGAGCUGACACUGAAGGGCAUCACCCAGUACUAUGCCUACGUCACAGAACGGCAGAAAGUGCACUGCCUCAACACGCUCUUUUCCAGGUUGCAGAUCAACCAGUCCAUCAUUUUCUGUAACUCCACUCAGAGGGUGGAGCUGUUGGCCAAGAAGAUCACCCAGCUGGGCUACUCCUGCUUCUACAUACAUGCCAAGAUGAUGCAGGAGUACAGAAACCGUGUGUUCCACGACUUCCGGAACGGACUCUGCAGAAACCUGGUCUGCACAGACCUGUUCACCAGAGGCAUAGACAUCCAGGCUGUGAAUGUUGUCAUCAACUUCGACUUUCCCAAGAAUGCAGAGACAUACCUGCAUCGCAUCGGGAGAUCAGGGAGGUAUGGUCACCUGGGCCUGGCCAUCAACCUCAUCACCUCGGAGGACCGCUUCAGCCUCAAGGCCAUCGAGGACCAGCUGGUGACUGACAUCAAGCCCAUCCCGAGCAGCAUCGACAAGAGCCUGUACGUGGCUGAGUUCCACUCCACCAACCCCGACGCCGAGGCAGAGGAGGCGGGGAGAGAGGCCGGCCUCAACACCACUCAGCCCCAGCAGCCCUGAGCGGUGAGACUGACAUGACCCCUGACCUCUGACCUCUCCCCCUGUGGCAGCGGAAACUCACUCACAGCAAGGGGUCUAAAAGAGCUGAAAUCACUUGGGUCGAGUGCGGAGUGAAUGCGGUGAACUAACUGCCAUUUACUUAGCUGAGUGACAGAGACACUGAACGUCUUUGCUAGAGGGGUGGGUAUUGACUUUUCGGCUUGGGAGGCCAUUGAAACUGAUUGACUUGAAACUUUGAUUUCAGGAUGGGUUAGUCGUUGAGCAAAGCCUCGCUGAGUGGAAUGUGCCAGCCAAACAGACUGAUUUAAUGUGAAAUGAGAGACUGGCAGCCCAAAAAUACUUUCACCCUUCAGAGAGCAGUUCCGUCUCACAUCUGUCUCCAACUCUACCUGUUUUGUCCCACUUCCAGGAAAAUAGAACAACACCAGCUUUUGCACAAUAUUCUGCUUUUGCACUCAGAUUUCAGGCUUAUUUGUUUCUGAAUUUUUUGACCUCAGUUUCUGUCUGAAUCUUUGUCUAACCAUUGCAUUGGUUAUUCUGUCUCAAUCGGGUAAAGUUGCAAGGUGAACUAAUAAAACAGUCCAACUUAAAUGUUUUGCACCUAAACAGCCUGAUUUAACCCCUCACCAACCAACUUCUGCUUUGAGAACCACACUCCCAGAAGGUGCAAAAAAAUGUCCAACAUCUAGCUUUGUGCAGCAGCGUCAGUCAGCCCCAAGCCUUUCAACUGUUGGGUGGUGACUGCUUUAGCCAAGUGUGCAUGGCCCACCGCUAAUUACGUGGAGGCGGGAGGAAACGAUAGUUCCUUCUUCAGACCCCUUGCAAAAUUUUAAAGUUGGACUCCUCUGCGUUAUUCACCUUGGGAUUUAUUUUCUCCGGCAUACAAGGAGAUAUUCUUGCUUGUUGAAGUGGAAUGUUAGGGGUAUGAUGAGAUGGCAUUCCAAGUGAAGCAAAUGCGCCAGACCUAAAUGCAACCACACGACCAUCUACAAGCCCACAAGUCCUAUAGGAAACCGUUCUACACACGGUGGGUUUGUGGAAGUCAGCGCGAUUGCAGUGUGUUCCUGACAUUUACAAAGUGGUCUAUACAGGAGAUGGUGUGUUAUGCACACUUUGGUUGUAUGUUUUUACCACAGACUACAUUAGGAUCAAUAACAGGGAGUAUCAAGUUUGUUUUUCAUCCUCUUAAACUUUUCACCAAGGGGUGCUUAAAGAAGACUAAUUUCAGAAAAGGUGAUGGGAAGUUUUUUUUUUUAUUAUUUUUUUUAGCACAAUUGUAGCAUAUCUUUAAACUGGCAGCUGUAAUUUCCUACCAUUAAAUUGGUGUGUUGAUAAUGAUAAAAAAAAGCAGAAAACUAAUAUUUUGAUUUCAUUAAGGAAUACGUUUGGGGAAGGGAGGUGAGGGCUGUGGGGGCAAGAGUUGCAUGUUGCGUUGAUUGUUAAAGUUGGACUCCAGUGGAAUUUUCCCCAUAUUUCAUUGGUCAGAAUAUUGGGACUGAAUUUAUUUGGAAGUGAUAUAUGCACUCUGUCCAAUACAUUUGUACAGUAAAGAGCGAAAGCUUUUAAACAUGAUUCCUGUUUGAUUACUGUUUGAUUUCUAAUAUUUUAUGGAAAACUUGUUUGAACUGCCCACUGAAAUCCAAGUUUAGGGCUGUUAUCAACUUUCCCAAAACAAUGGAAUACUAACCCUGUAAUGUGGUGUAACAGGAUACAACCCAGGUUCUCCAAAUAGCGUGUUGAAUGGUAAUGUUUGACUUCCACUGGAGUCCACCUUUACCCAGCUCCUCUCUGGUUCUUGUGAGCUACAGUACACUCACUCAGGCACCAUAACAACCAGACUGCAGGGAGGAAGGGGGCUGUCACCUGGUAUGGCACCCGGUAUGCUGCCUGUAGGUGCUGAAACCCGGUGCCGAAGUGUUCAAACUGCCUGUGCUGUAUGCUCGUCAGAGCCAGUUGUGCUACAAGUGUGAAAGGCUAUUGUAUACGUUCUUGUGCAGCCAGUUAUCACACUUUUUUUGUUCAUAGCGUUGUAAAAUAAGUGUAAUUAUGUUAAAGGUACCAGUAGUCCUCCUCAGCUUUACCAAAGGUAUGUAGGUGGAAAAUAAGAGGACAAUUUAUGUCUUGGUUUUGAGUCAGGCCAAUGGACAUUACCUGUGAGGUAACUGGCAAAAGGUUUACUGUACAUUAACUGCCUGCUAUUGCUGGACACAAGUUUUUUUUUUUUUUUUUCCUGCUGUUGAUCAACUCAUUGUGUUGCUGUGUUAAUGAGUCUUAAGUGGAUGUCUUUUUGUAGCUGGGGCUUCAAACUGUGGCUUAGAUGUAUGAUUCAGGGCUGUUAGAAUCACGCUUCAUUUUGUUGGACUUAAUGGAUCUGUUCAUCGGUCUGUACACCAGGACCCAACACAUCAAAGCAUUCUUCCUUUACAGGUGUAACGAAAGGGCUUAUUUCAAAUGUAGUGUUCAUGGGUUCGUUUCAGAGUCAGGGAAUUGUAUUGUUUCACCUCAAGAGUUGAUCACUGCACCGGGUCUUUAAUGUCUGUGGACUUUUAUAUUAAAAUUUCAGAAAAGACCAAAAAAAAAAAAAAAAAAAUCCUGGAUGUACAUAAAGAGUAUACGGAGAGGGGAAGUGGGAUGGGGUGUGAGUAGUUUUAUGUAAUGUUGUGUAAUGAGGAAACUAACUGUAAAUGAUGUAAAUAAUCUUUUUGCUUCAAAUAACAAAAUCUGUUGGUGGAGGUGGAGGCAGGUGAAAGAUUUGAGGUUUUUUUUUCAGUGCUUAAUUUCAGGAUCUGAAGCAAAAACAACCAAAUGGUGU